CGACAAAAACAAAUUCAUUACAUCCUUAGCGUAACGUGAAAAGGUAUGUUUGGACACAUAGGGGUUUUGGGUCUUCCGUAGCGAUAUGUGCAUUUCGCAUAAUAUAUUUACGUAGCAUAAAAUGAAAAACCCAGACAAAACGGUCUUAUGUCCGCAUCUGCAAAUUUGGAUAAUUUCCCAUUAGAAUAAGUAUCCCAAUCUAAAUGCUGGAUGACAUGAUUGGGAGCAACGGACUAAUUCGGAGAAAAACUCUGUUUGCGUAUCGUUUGAAGGUACUUGGCAAAAAGCUCGUAAGGGAAGGUGGCUUGUAAUGCCAUUUCGCUCGAGUUGCCCAGUCGUUAAAUUGGAUCGAAGCAAGAGACGGAUGGGGUGACUUACCCGUAGAGGAGGACCCAGACCCGGGCCACCGGACCGUGCAUCCUCCGGGCGGAUCCCCACUACGAAGGGGGUCUAUCUGGAAAAAUGCAGGAGGCGACAGUCGAAAGAGAUGAAUCUAUUCUGAACGGGGCUGGAAGGGAGGAGCGUCCUGUGAAGCAAUCCCUGGCUAGCUCUCUGUGUCGCGAGUCUCAUUGGAAGUGCCUCCUCCUUACGCUGCUCAUGUAUGGCUGUUUCGGCACGCUGGCCUGGUGCGGCUUAUGCAAGGUUCCCGUUCUGGCCCCAACAGAUCCUGCAGCCACGGUGCUGGAAGCUGGGGAGCCAUCCACAACCACUGGCUUCCCAGAUGAUCUGGCUCGGGACAGCCCCUGCUCCAGUGGCUACAUCUACAUCCCUCUGGCCUUCCUGGCCAUGCUGUACGUGGUGUACCUGGUGGAGUGCUGGCACUGCUAUUCCAAGACAGCCAUGCUGGCCCAGGCGGAGGUGGCAGAGGUGUAUGAGCGCGUGCAGCGCCUUCAACAGGCCACACCCUGCAUCUGGUGGAAGGCCAUCAGCUACCACUACGUGCGGCGGACCAGACAGGUGACGCGCUACCGCAACGGCGAUGCCUACACCACCACACAGGUGUACCACGAGCGCAUCAACACACACGCAGCGAGCUCGGAGUUCGACUAUGCCAGGCUGGGCGUCAAAGACGUCUCAAAGGACCUGAGGGGCUUGCGGGAGCACCCAGCAGUGCGCCUGCGCUUCACCAAGUGCUUCAGCUUUUCAAGUGCCCGGGCGGAGGCUGCCUACCUCACACAGCGGGCGCGUUUCUUUGGGGAAAACGAAGGGCUGGACGAUUAUAUGGAGGCGAGGGAGGGCAUGCACUUAAAGAACGUGGACUUCCGUGAACAUAUACUGGCCUUCCCUGACCCGGCGCACCAGCCCUGGUAUGCCCGCCGCCGGGUGUUCUGGCUCGCCUCAGCCCUGUUGUUGUCCUGGCCGCUUCGCGUCGUGGCAGAAUACCGCACAGCCUACGUGCACUACCACGUGGAGAAACUGUUCGGCGACGGAGAUGACAGCAGCCGGGCAGACGGGAGUGAGAAUGUCGGGAUCAGUGAGAAUGGCAGUGGCCCCAGAGGAAGAGGAGGAGGAGGAGGAGGAGCUAGAGGCAGUGGGGGGUCAAGCUAUCGCGCCAUCUCACGUGUCAACACUGUGGACAUGACAGAGCUGGAGUGGCACAUCCGAUGCAACCAGCAGAUGGUUCCCAGCUACUCAGAAGCGAUGCUGAUGGAUCCUGGUUUGGAUGGCAACCAGGGCACCAACCCUCUUCCUGCCAUGUCGAACUCCAUUGGGACAGGUCCAGCGCUGCCUGUGGCCUUUACAUCAGCUUACCUGCUCCAGAGCUGCCCUCGCUGUCGGCGAUCCACCAGCAGCUCCUCGCUUCCCUCCAGGCUAAGAGGCCCAACGGCCACCCUAUUGAGUGGCACUAUGGCUGGCAUGAGGGCCAGCGGGGUAGCCGGUGGUCCCGGAGGCCCAGGGAGGCUGGUACUGAGCAGGAGCGGCUUCUCCCUGGGACGCCUCCAAGCCCCGCGGCCUACGUCCCUGUUCCAUUCGCGUAGUGUGGGUGGAGGACUAGGGGGAAGAGGGGAGGAGGGGAACACUGGAGGAGGUGCAGGUGGGUUUCUCAGUUUGGGGUCAAGACAGGAUGAGGAGAGCAGAGGAGUUUUGGAGGGGGAGGGGGAUGAGGACACAAGGGAAGAAGUGGAGGUAGAGCAGGAGGAGGAGCAAGAAAGGCAGACUGAGGAAGGAGAAGGAGAGGAGGGAAGAGAGAGAGAGCGAGACCGACCGCCGGCAUAUCAGGACGCUUUUUUCUUCCCUUUGUUAAUAGUGCACGGGGAGGAGAGUUGUCAUUCAGGAGAGGACAUCUCUUAAAAAGAGAGACUGACCCACAAAAGGGGAAAUGGGGGCAUAGCUAAAUAAAGAUAUCGGUAGCACUGUCUUCCCUAGUGAAAGAGAGGGGGAAUAAUGUGAAGACUAAACUGGUGUGACCAGAUAGACAACUUUGGAGGAAACUGAUGGAAAAGGGUGGAGUUCCCCUUUAUAUUGUUAACAUCAUGAUAACUGUUGAAAAGAAUGCUCAGAAUAAUGCUCCAUCUACCAUAUUGGGCUGAUCUUUGUGCUACAAUGCCUUUGCAAAAAUCGAACCAUUUUAGAGCUAUAAGAGCUAUACAAUAGGGGUGUAUAACCAGACAAACAGAGAGAGGAGAGCAGUGAUUCUUAAUAGAUUGGUUGGAAAAUAUGACUUGAGACACCCAUUGCAAGACUGAGACAAGCUAGAUUUCAAAAGCAACAGAUACUCAAGAAUAAGACAUUCUAGAAAGAAAGCAGGUGUUGAAGGAAAUGCUGUAACAAGAGAGGGCAACAUCAGAUCUCUCUGCACGUCUUCCAAAGAUACAGACAAGAAAGCAUCACAGGUAUCUGAGGACAAACAUUUAUAUUUAUGGUUUUUACAGUAUCAAGUGUAAAGAAAAUUAGUCACAAAUAUAAUCUUCAGGUACAGUAACAUCACCAUGGCUGCAGUCUUGACUGUCUAUCAGAUCAGUCUUCUGUGGGACAUUUCAAAUGCAUGCAAUUUUACAUUGCAUAAGCCCAAGUGCUAACCACACAACUACAAAUAUAGUGUGACCCAUUUCUCAACUACUACAAUAUAACAAUAUAGAAGCACCAUGAAUCUGCCUCUGACUAUCCGGACUGUCAGCUCAGAAUCUAGGCCAACAUCAACAACCACUCCCAUCUCUUCCCAAAUCACAUUUGCAUGUUUGCUGUGUCUUGGUCAAAGCAAAGUGUAUUUGUGUUGAGAUUGCUGUGGGAAUAAUGAACACGAAACAUGCUUGGAAUAUUUGCCCUUUUUUUUUUGUUCAUUUAGGAAGGAGUAUUUUACCUCUUAAGAUAGCUUGGACCAAAAUUUCUCAUUGUAACUAAGAAGGACUUAUUCAUUACAUUAAGUUGCACAGUACAUUUAAAUAAUGGAUCUCGCUAGAUGAUCUGACGAGCAGAAAAAAGUUUUCCUUGGCUUCACCUGUUUCUUAAAGUCUAGCACAUUACUUAUUAUUUUAAAUUCAUUAUAUAUUCUGAAUUAUUAACAGUUUUUGUUCCGUAAUGUACCACCAGUUUUGCCUCAUGAAGGGCUCUGCUCUGCUACCAUGCCUCAUACAGAUACCUUGUAUAAUGGAAAUAUAUGAUACAAUCAUACUGCAUGCUGCCUUUUAUCAUAGCAUCUGCAUUUCUCUCUGUUAGACUUGUGAUAAAUGAGCAUAAACUAGCUAAUCUCUGAUGAGAUUAGUGAGUGUGCCAACAAACACUGCGAUUCCUGAUAUCUCUUCAUUACUAUUGGGCUCAGUCUAGCAAUAUUUUAUAUCCAACACAGGUUUACCAAAUAAUUUUAUUUUUUCACAGAUACUCAUAAGCCAUAUUUAAGUCUGUCAAUAUCAAUCAGUGCAAAUAUAUUUAACUCAAACUCCAUUUUGAGGUUUCUUAUGUUAUAUUUCUGAUGCCUUCAUAUCUUUCAAGUGUUCUGAGGAUUAGCCACUAUGUUAUCAACAUUUUUAAAUAUUAUCUGUCAAUACUGAAUGUGAAUUUCAGCAAUUUAUUACAGCAAAAACACUUAAAAUAGUGUUCUCAAUAUAUACAUGAGCGUUGAUCAUUCAAUUGUGUUUGAUCCAGGUAUGAUUCACUGUGCAAUGCUUUAUUGCCUGAGCUCCACAGAAAGAGAUUAACACAACCUCUCUCAUUCAACAUGGUCUGUAAAACGCCAAAUCCUAAGAGCACCAACUGGUAACCCAAAGUCAGAGGUUACAGCACAUGCUAUCAUUAAAUCACAUGGAUCAGACAGAUUUCCUUGUGCCAAUCAUAGGCUGACGAAGAAACGUCUUCGUCUACAGACGAAGAAAAAAACUGUCAAAAACUGUAAAAAGAAUUGAAAUAAAUAAUGUUAGAUUGUUGUGUUGCAACUUAAUCGUUGACUAACAUUGAGGAGCGAUCACAAAUAUUUGCAGUGAGGGUGUAUAGUACACAACAAAUAGUUAGCUGGGCAGUUGGGCUGCAGAUAUAAUCUAAUCUAUUGUAAGACUUUACAAGUUUUGAACCGACCUAAAGGCAACUGACUAAUCUACAUUCCAGCUCAGAGUUCCCGAAGUUCAAACUUUGAAAUAAAUGUGGACCAUAGCUGAUUCUAGAUCAGGUCUCUGAGCCUACAUUUAGUAGAGACUUGAUUUGUAAGUGUCACUGGGGAGUAUACGCAAAGGGACUGACAGUUGAAAUUAUGUAUAUGGUGUUUAAAGGUGACAUUUGUGAAGCUUUUUUAUUUGCUUUUGAUCUUAAAUCUUAAAAGCUCAAUUUGCUUCUACAGCUGUAUGCACACCGGCAGAAACAAAGUUUCUGUUCUGGGAGAAUGUUGUGAAUGUCAUUAUUUGAUGGAAAACUAAGAGUACUAGAAUAGUGUCUUAUUUUGAAUUCAUGCAGUUAGUGAUUAUGCAGUUUCCUCUUGAUUGAGUGGCUGAGAUGUACAGUAUGUCCCUUUAAAGUAGCUAAUCUCAAUCCGCAAAUAAACAAUUGCUUAAAUGCCUCAAACAUCAAGUGGUGCAAACUGUUCUAUGGUAGCAAUGAUUCAUUGAUUUGAUAUGGACCUGUUAGGGGGAUUAUGACGAUCAUAAGUGAUGAUGACAAUGACAAUACUAAUUAUACAUAAUAAAUCAAAAUGCUUGA